AUGGCUGGAAAUUCAAAAUCCCAUGCGGUCAACAAACCAGGCUUCACCUUGUUCUGCCAUCCACUCUCCCACAUCAACAAGCCACACUGCGAAAUUGGCAACAAAAUCAUAAUGCCUGCUUCAGCUCUUGACGUUCUCCUUUCGAGAAAAGUCAAGUACCCUUUGACUUUCAUGAUCACCAAUCCUUUCUUGGAGAAAGUCUCGCACUGUGGAGUUCUCGAGUUUAGUGCAGAGGAGGGCAGUGUGUUUCUUCCCGAUUGGAUGAUGAGAAAUUUGAGUUUGGAACAAGGCCAGCUCGUGGAAAUUGAGUACACGGGUCUUUCGAAGGGGAGGUUCUUGAAGGUGCAGCCUCAUAGCAGUGAGUUUGUGAAGAAUCUUGAGAAUCCCAAGGAAGUGAUGGAGAGGCUCUUGAGGGACUUUGCAUGUCUUACUAUUGGAGAUACGAUUAUGGUGAAUCAUGAAAAUCAGGAGUAUUAUAUUGACAUUGUAGAAGCGAUGCCUAAGGAUGCUGUGUCGUUGUUUGAGACGGAUUGUGAGCUAGAGUUUGAGAAGCCGCUGGAUUAUCAUGAAGAGCCUCAAGUGAUCGAGACGAGGGAUGAGCAAGCUGAUCAAGAUGUUAUGGAAGCGGAGAAGGAUGUUGUUUUUAGGCCUUUUAGCGGCGUUUCUAGGCGAUUAGAUGGCAAAGUGACAGCAGCAGCUCCUGAUUCGAAGAAACAUGUUGGAACAUCUGUGGUUUGUGGUUUGGAUGGAGAGUGCUCUGCAGCUAAGAAGAAGCCGGAGACCAAGGAAGACAAGGAAGAGAAAAAAUUUCAGGCUUUCACAGGAAAGAAGUACUCAUUAUUAUCUUGA